CCCGAGCAGGGACUACAUUUCCCGAGGGGCCUCGGCAGUGGCGGCGGCGGGCGCGGCAACGUCGCCCGGAAGUGGAGCCCGGGACUUCCACUCGUGCGUGAGGCAAGCGGAGACGGAGACGAAACCAGAGGCCGAACUCGGGAUCUGACAAGAUGGCCGGGCUGCCCCGCAGGAUCAUCAAGGAAACCCAGCGUUUGCUGGCAGAACCAGUUCCUGGCAUUAAAGCAGAACCAGAUGAGAGCAACGCCCGUUAUUUCCAUGUGGUCAUUGCUGGCCCCCAGGAUUCCCCCUUUGAGGGAGGGACUUUUAAACUUGAACUAUUCCUUCCAGAAGAAUACCCAAUGGCAGCACCUAAAGUACGUUUCAUGACCAAAAUUUAUCAUCCUAAUGUAGACAAGUUGGGAAGAAUAUGUUUAGAUAUAUUGAAAGAUAAGUGGUCCCCAGCACUGCAGAUCCGCACAGUUCUGCUAUCGAUCCAGGCUUUGUUAAGUGCUCCUAAUCCAGAUGAUCCAUUAGCAAAUGAUGUAGCGGAGCAGUGGAAGACCAACGAAGCCCAAGCCAUAGAAACAGCUAGAGCAUGGACUAGGCUAUAUGCCAUGAAUAAUAUUUAAAUCGAUCCGAUCAUCAAGUGUGCAUCACUUCUCCUGUUCUGCCAAGAUUUCUUCCUUUUUUGUUUGCAUUUAAUGGACACAGUCUUAAUAGAAACAUUACAGAAUAAAAGCCCAGACAUCUUCAGUCCUUUGGUGAUUAAAUGCACAUUAGCAAAUCUAUGUCUUGUCCUGAUUUACUGUUGUAAAGCAUGAGCCGAGGCUAGAAGUAUCAUCUGGAUUGUUGCGAAACGUUUAAAAGCAGUGGCUCUCUGCUUUUAUUCAUUUCCCCCAUCAUGGUUUAAGUAUAAAGCACUGUGAAUGAAGGUAGUUGUCAGGGUUAGCUGCCAGGGGUAUGGGUGUGUUUAUUUUUUAUUUUAUUUUUUUGAGGGGAAAGGUAGUUUUAUUUUAAUUUUAUGGACUCCUUUCACUCCCCUUUAUGGUGAGCUAAUUGCAUUGGUUAAAAGCAGCUAACCAGUUCUUUAGAAUAUGCUCUCUAGCCAAGUCUAACUUUAUUUAGACUCUGUAGAUGGACAAGCUUGAUUGUUUGAAUCAAAAUGGGAACAUUAAACAAACAUCACAGCCCUCACUAAUAACAUUGUGACUUUGAUGUCAGGUGUAGAUUUCCCCCCUUCAAAAAAAGAAAAAAAAAAAAGAAAGAAAGAAAAAAACGUGUGACCAUUUUGUAUGGCUUGUCUGGAAUUCUGUAAAUCUUAUGUUUUAGUAAAAUAUUUUUUGUUAUUCGACUUUGCCUUUGUACAGUUUAUUUUACUGUGUUUAUUUCAUUUUCCCAAUGUGACAAUCGUAUUUAAAAAUUAAAAAACUCUGAUGAAACAUUCUGUUUGGGUCUUCACCAUCUGACAAAUUGAAUGGCAAGAGAUUUUUGCCAGUUUCUUUUCACUGAUGCAAACUUAAUAAUAAUAAUUACUGAAUGGAUUAUUUAUAAAUUGGCCCUGAGCAUGCAUAAAGCAUCAGUGUCUGACUUUUUUUUUUUUUAACCUCCUAGAAAUUAAAAAUAAAUAAAUGUUCGUUGUCUGAUUUAGUUAGGCUAUCAUUGGUCUUGCCACAAUGUUUGACAAAUUACUGUACAGGGAUAGUCACAGCAAAGAAAGCAUUAGUGACUGACAUGUAGGACUUUCGCAUGUCGUGCCACAUUUUUACCUCAGAUGUGGAGUAUGACCUUUUUCUUGGUUCCUAUCUUUAAACUUCCUAUGUGGCCACUGGUGUGUGUUAUUAGGAAACACCAAUCUGGUAUUCAUUUGGGGUUUGCUGAGGCAUUUGAGUCUUCCUUAUAGACCUAAGAGUGUAUCUCAAGCAACCAGCUUGCAUAAGUGUCAUCAGAAAGGUUUCUUCCUUUGAGAGCAUCAAAUCUUCCGUUAAUGUGCUUUCACCUCCCUCGUAUUUGCUUUGGAGCUCCUUUUAUUCUUUGUUAUUAGUAAAUUUUUCUUCACUGACAGUUUCUUCCCUCACAAAACUGUUCUUUUUCACCUCUCUCCACAUCUAAUGCCUGAUUCUUAUUUUCAAGUCAUAAAUGUAGCCAGUCAUAAAUAUGUAAAUGUUAACCUUCACUUUGGAAUCUUUUGUCUCUUGCAGUUUAAGGUAAUGGAUAUUGUAGCCCCAUCUGAAUUUUCCUCACUCUUAUUCUCAUAAUUUCUGGAGUUUCUUCAGAAUGUGGUGUAUUUUAUUGUGCUCCUAUGUAAGAUGAAGAAUUAUCUAUUAAAAUUACGUUUUCAACAUACAAAAGCUUUCUAUGACUGGUAACUGGUAUCCUUCCAAAUAAAUGCAUUGCUUGGUAAUGAAUGUUAAAUUCAGAAUAAAAUUUUUUUCAGAAUAAAUUGAUAACUCUAAUAUUAA